AUUCACUACCAAAUCCACACACACAUAUAUAUACAUAGCUAUCAAUCUAACUAGUUCACUCAUACUCAUAAACAUAUAUCACUGUUUCUCUGUCUCUAUUUCUGUUUCUAAUUCUCUCUUCUACCUUAGCUGUUGUUUGCGUUUGAGUGAUAACAGUAGCUGAUUUUUGUGACAUGGAGAUGGAAGGGUUGGACAACAACGAUGCUACCCACAACAUAGCCAAGGGAAAACGCACCAAAAGAUUGAGACUUUUGUCCCCUUGUGGCGUUUCCGCGGCUGCCACCACCGUGAUUAUGACAUCUAGCUGCUCAAGUGCAAAUUCCGGUGCCUCCUUUUCAUCAACCACCACCACUUAUGAUAGCGCUGAUCAAGAAGAGGAAGACAUGGCUAAUUGCCUGAUUCUCUUAGCCCAAGGUAGAGAAGGGGAAUCCUAUCAUCAUCAUCAUCAUCAUCAUCCCAAAGAUAAUAAUCAUGAUCAUAACAAGCAACAAGGUGAGAAUCAUGAUCAUGACUAUGGUGAUGGUAAUAAGAUAGAAAAGGGUAACGCUAGCAACCGCAGAUUUACUGAGAUUGCCAACGCAACCGCUAAUAAUACCAAAGUUGGUUUCUAUAUUUAUGAGUGCAAAACGUGUAACCGAACAUUCCCUUCAUUUCAAGCAUUGGGUGGCCACAGGGCGAGUCACAAAAAGCCCAAACUUGAGGAAAAGAAACCGCCGCUACCACCGCCACCAUCGUCACCGCACAUGAAUGUUGUUGGGAAUUAUGAUCAGUUUGAAGAAGCUCGUGGCCCUCCAAUUUCGCUUCAAUUGGGGAAUCAUGGGCAUAGAGGUUUCAAUGGUAACAACAUCAAGGCCAAGAUUCAUGAAUGUUCCAUUUGUGGCUCAGAAUUCACAUCAGGGCAAGCAUUGGGUGGACACAUGAGAAGGCAUAGAGCAUCGUCAAACACCAACAUGGCUGACACAAGUUGUAACACAACUACCAUCACCAACGUUGUCGCUACCGUGGAUGUUCCACCUCGGAAUAUUUUAGAAUUGGAUCUUAAUCUUCCGGCGCCGGAAGAUGACCUCCGGGAGGCCAAGUUUCAAUUUCCGGCGACCCAAAAGUCUAUGGUGCUGGCUGGUGCUCCGCCUUUGGUGGGUUGUCAUUAUUAGGCCAGGGUGGGAGAAUUGGAAGUUAUUAUUUUGAUUAAUGAUCAAUGUGAAUUAUUAAUUAGCGUUAUUUUUAAUUUACAAAUUAUUCGUAAUUAUCUAUAUUCAUUCGAUUAUUCUUUUGGUUUAUUAAUAAUUGCCAUUUUGAUAUAUAUGAUCUGCUUGUU